UUGGCUUCACAUUUCGUCCCGCUUGCGGUGUGAUUUCCGUUUCUGUUUUCGCUGUUUCGCACCGCCGCCGAGAGCCGAUCCGGCCGAUUCCCCGUGCUCGCGUCGUAUAAGGCACGGUGAAGUUUUGUCGUUCACGUUCUCCAUCGACGGAUACGCGCCGCCAGGAUGCCGAAGAGGAAGCAUCAGGCCCUCAUAGAUUCCGACAGCAGCGGGAGCGCGUCGGAGAGCGGCUCGGAUCUGGACAAUGAUCUAUUGUCACUGGCAAAGAAAAAGAAAGGAAAAUCGCAAGAUGAUUCUCAGUCAAAUGAGGAUAACGGAUCCGUUAAGAAGGACAUCAAACGUGAGUCAGAUAUAUCGGAUUCCGAUGAUAAUUGGAAUAACAAAGCUGGGAAGACAAAGAAGAGAAAAACUCCGUCGAAGAGGAGCAAGCGAAAGAUGACAAAGUCCAGUUCGGACGACAGUGCCAGUGAGAAAGAACCAGCUAAACAGCUUUCAGAGCCAGAAGAAGGUGAGGUGUCAGAUUCAGACCCAAGUGUUUCCAGCUCGAGCCAAGAAGAAUUCAACGAUGGCUACGAUGACAAGCUUAUGGGAGAUGCGGACGAUCAAGCUAGACUCGCGCAAAUGACCGAGAAAGAACGUGAACAGGAAAUUUUUAAACGAAUUGAACAACGUGAGAUUAUGAAAACGAGAUUUGAAAUCGAGAAGAAGCUGAGAAUGGCCAAGAAACAAGAGUUGAAGAAGCAAAAGGAAUCGAAAAAGAAGGAGAAGGGUAUUGAGGAGAAACAGAAAAUAGACCGAGCACCGGAUCCUAAAGAGAGAAGCAAGGAUCGCAAGAAGACAAUAGAAGAAAAGCAAGACAAGAAGUUUCACGCAAUGUCGUUGCUCAAAGCUAGACGCGAAGAAAAGAAAGAACGAGAGGAAAAAGAGAAACAGAGGAUAGAGCAGCAGCAACAACAAUCGAAGGAUAUGGAGGAAGAAGAAUUGGACGAUGAUCACAAGGGUGGUGCGAAUAAAACGAAACUUAAAGCAUCCGAUAUAUAUUCCGAUGACAGUGGUUCGUCGGACAGUGGGGAGGAAGAGGAAUCCACUAAACCAACGUCUCAACGCAGAUCGUCCUCGAGCGAGAGUCGCGAUUCGGACUCCGACAACGAUAAAAAAUCGAUUACUAGCAACAAAGCUAGACCCAAGAAGCCAGUGUAUAUCAGUACGAAGGAAGAUCUAAAUAAGAUUCGAUUAUCCCGUCACAAGAUGGAGAAAUUCGUUCAUUUACCUUUCUUCGACAGAGUGGUGCAAGGUUGCUUUGUCAGGAUAGGAAUCGGCAAUAAUAACGGUAAACCUGUCUACAGAGUAGCUGAGAUAAGCGGUGUAUGCGAGACAGGGAAGAUUUAUCAGCUCGGCAGCACGAGGACGAAUAAGGGGCUGAAAUUGCGUCAUGGUGCACAAGAACGUAUAUUCAGGUUGGAGUUUGUCUCGAAUCAGGAAUUCACGGACUCUGAGUUCUUUAAGUGGAAGGAAACUUGCGCGCUGCAAGGAAUAUCGAUGCCUACGUUUGACGAAGUCGAGCAGAAAUUAAAGGACAUCAAGGAAGCGUUGGUAUACGAAUUCAAAGAGGAGGACAUAGAGAAGAUAGUACGCGAAAAGGAGAGAUUCAAACAGGCUCCCUACAAUUAUGCAAUGAAGAAAGCACAGUUGAUGAGAGAACGCGAUGCAGCUAAUUGCAGAGGAGAUGACGAGACAGCUAGUCGACUUAAUCAAGAAUUAAGUGAAUUGGAGGAGCGCGCAUCGGAACUGGAUAAGAUGCGUACGGCAACAAUUUCCAGUAUAUCGUACAUAAACGAUCGCAAUAGAAAGAAAAAUGUGGAGGAAGCUGAGAAGGCUAUAAUGGAAGAACUGAAGGCUAAUAAGGGGAAGAAGAUCGAUGACCCAUUCACCAGGCGUAGUACUAAGCCGAGAAUGAUAUACAAGCCGGAGGAUGAGUCUGAAGUAGUAGCGACAGUUCCAGUAAAUGACAAGUCGAAUACUCAUCCGGCUGGAGAUUCGGUGUCAGCUGCUGAUAAGGAGAAUGGACAGGAAUCUAAAAAGAAGCAAAGCACAGAAGACCUUUUCGACGCGCACGACUUUGAUAUAACAAUCGACUUGGAAGUUCCUAUUCCAAACAAUCCUGUUAGCGUAUUACCGAAGCCCAUUAAUAACAUCAAGGAUACAGGACCUCGCCGAUCGUUGAAUCUAGAAGAUUACAAAAAGAAACGCGGUCUUAUCUAACAGUUCAUACGUCUUAAAUGUCGUAAAGUUAUGAUAAGGCUCUAAGUUGUCGAGGUUGUCUUGUAGUAAUUAAAGAUGUUACCUCGUCUAUCGAGUGCUCCGUUUAACGACGAGAACGGGGAUAUGUAAUGACUGACAGGUUAGGUUAUUUAUAACACUUGCAAUGUUACGGCUAAUGGCGAAUCCAUCUGUUUAAUACGUUGAGUGGUAGCGGUUUGCUAAUUUUAUACGCGAAGGAUUGAUUGGUACUGUAUUACGGUUAAAUGAUAAAUAAAGGAAUGUUAACGAAACAAACGUAUACGAUACCUGAUGGCUUUUAGAAUUUUGUAAUGACAUCAGAUUAUUAACGACGGAUGAAGAUUGCGUAUGGAUAUGUGAUAAUUUAUGUAGGAUCCAUUAAAGUCAUUACUAUAUGCAACUUAUCUGAAGUUUAUAAUGCGCACGUUUUAAUUCACUUAUUCGCCAUGUCAAGAGAAUCAGUAACUAUCAUCGUUCAUCAUGAUGCUCAACGUAUUAAAAGAUGGUCUCAAUUAAGAAGGUUCCAACGAAGCGGUUCCUAUUAUGUACUCCAUAUAGCCAUAUAGCCAUUGCCGCGCGGAAAAUAUAAUUACACAUACAAUGAUUGCGUACGUAGAACAAUUGUUUGAUAAUGACAGUACUUAAGGAGUACGGUAUAUUACUGAGUACUGUAGAAAAAUGUAAUCUUACAUUUUAUCACACAUCUUCCAAUACCAUAUGGUGUAGUCCAUGGGAUAAUCAUAUAUCUCAUACUUAAAUGGAAAAGAGAGAAAAAGAGAAAGAAAGACACUGAAGUUUAUACCGUACGAAAUUAUUUGCCAAAUGACUGAACAGAUAGAAAUAUCGUUUGUACAAGAAUUAACUCUGGUUACAGUACGUGGCAUAGGACGAAUUUGUGUUGUAUAUGAUAGAAUAAAAAUCUUGAUAAAAGGUCAUUUUUUAUCAGAAAAUAGGAUACAUAUAAUUAACAUAAUAAUACUAUAUAUCAAUAUCAAUUUGAUACACUUACAUCUUUUAAUUGCAUAUAUUAAUUAAUUGCAUAUUCUGUAAUCUUAUACUGCUGGUGUAUUGUUCAUUGAUGUACAGUAUAUUGUCAUUUUUACAUCUCUCUCAAUUUACUGCCCAUAUACCUUCAAUAUUUUCUAUUGAGGAAAAGCGAGAC